GCCUCCGAAUUUAGGAGAAUUGUCUCUAGUGGGAAGGGUUGGGAUCGGCGAUCGCUUGGCCGCUUCCUGGGGCUUUGGUCGAACUUGCCACGGCUAGAGAAGCGGGAGGCUGCCUUUGGACUCCAGGUGCCCUUGCUCUAGUCCAGACCGCUCUCAAACCUCGCGUGAGAUCUUGCAAGAGCCUCCCCUUUGAGAGCUCCGCCUUCAGUUUGACGUCUCACUCUCUUCUUCUUGUCGUUUUCGCGACCCCAGCCCUUCCAGGUUUCAGCCAUUAAUAACAGCUACUCGAAGUGUUCACUGCCCAUCUGAGAGCUGUGCCAGAACUUUGUCAUCUAGUCUUCUGAGUUCUAGUAGGCAGUUUGAACAGUUUAACUCCAAACAUGGAUAUCAGACCAAAUCAUACAAUUUACAUCAACAAUAUGAAUGACAAAAUUAAAAAAGAAGAGUUGAAGAGAUCCCUGUAUGCCCUGUUUUCUCAGUUUGGCCACGUUGUAGAUAUUGUAGCUUUAAAGACCAUGAAGAUGAGGGGGCAAGCCUUUGUUAUUUUUAAGGAACUGGGCUCAUCCACAAAUGCCUUGAGACAGUUACAAGGAUUUCCAUUUUAUGGUAAACCAAUGCGAAUCCAGUAUGCAAAAACAGAUUCUGAUAUAAUAUCUAAAAUGCGCGGCACUUUUGCUGACAAAGAAAAGAAGAAGGAAAAGAAAAAAGCAAAAACUGUGGAACAGACUGCGACCACUGCAAACAAAAAGCCUGGUCAGGGAACACCAAAUGCAGCAAAUACCCAAGGAAAUUCAACACCAAAUCCUCAGGUCCCUGAUUACCCUCCAAACUAUAUUUUAUUCCUCAAUAAUUUACCAGAAGAGACCAAUGAGAUGAUGUUGUCCAUGCUGUUUAAUCAAUUUCCUGGCUUCAAGGAAGUACGUUUGGUACCUGGGAGGCAUGACAUUGCUUUUGUUGAAUUUGAAAAUGAUGGACAGGCUGGAGCUGCCAGGGAUGCUUUACAGGGAUUUAAAAUCACACCGUCCCAUGCCAUGAAGAUCACCUAUGCCAAGAAAUAACAUAUGGGAGAGUUGUCUUUAAAGCACUUGGUGUUAUUUAUAGUGUUUGUUUUGAUAACAUUUGGUCAGGCCAUUUUUUAAUAGUUGGGAUGAGGGAGAGUGGAAGUGAGAUUUUUGUGAAUGAUUUUAAAAAAUACCUAGGCUUUGUUUAGCCUUAGUGAACUAUGAAAUAUGAAGGCCUCAGUUUUGUAUAAUAAACUUUUACUGGUAUUCUUUACCUAAUACUUUA